AAGAAGACCUGGAGGCUACCAAGCUCCACCCCAAAGAGGUUGAUAGGAACCUGAGUGAGAGUUCUGAUGAAAACUUGAUGGUGCGUUCACAGAAACAAUUCAGUUCAGAGCCACAAACUACCAGCCUGCUCUGCCAUCAGGCAAACAGCUUGGUCUCGACCCCACUGGGUGAACUGGGGAGUGCUGGUGGGGUGGAUACCCCUGCUUUUUUCGACCCUCUCAUAAAACAGCAGAACCUGCCCCAGAGGCCCACCAGCCUCCAACUCUUCCCCAAAACCAAGGAGACCACCACUGUUUCUUGUCGACUUAAGCCGGGAAAGCUCCAGUUGAACCACAAACAGGUGGAAACAGGUGUCGCCAAGAUGAACACAGUGACAGUUGCCACGGCUGCAGAGCCCCAAAUGGUAACCACGGUAACCAAUAACACCAAGACAAGAGGCAGUGUUGCAGCUGGGAGCAGAGUCCAUGUGACAACAGUUGUUUCCAGCGGCUACAGUGCGGGAGUCCCCACCCUGGUGACGAAUGCUAUGAUAGGCGGAGGUCGAACCAAUCCGGCAGGACCACAACUAGAUGAGGAGGACAAGAUAGAGGGGGGGAUGAUUGGAGGAGAAGAUGGCUGCUUGAAUCUGCUCAAUAUCAGUCCUGAUGAACAUGAACCCCUGCUCAGGAGAGAACAUCCACCUGCCGAGAGUGAACCUCUUUCUCAUCUGCAUCAUCAGUCACGAGCUGGAAGCAUCCUGUCAGGACGGGGUUCAAACUCCAACAACAACAACAAUAGGAUAGCAUUGGGAUCAGAGAUUAAGAUCCAGGGUUUAGAGGUUAAGGCUGAAUGGAUGAUCAGUUCAGAGGCCAGUCAUGGUAGAGGCAUUAGCAGUCCUAAGCCUGAGCUACACCUGGCAAGUCAGCAAAUCAGUGGAUCCCCUGCUACUGCUCCACUUUUAAAGAAUGAAAAUUUACUUCUUCCUGGUCCAGUAGGACAAUAUACAGAUUCAGGCACAUGUUUCCAGAAAGUCCUUGUUGAAAAACCAGUACUGACCACUGGACAUAUUCAAAUUCCAAAGGAUCAUCUGGUCCACUCUACAGCUACUGCUGAGGUCCUUGACUCCAGAGAUUUAGGUUCUGGUUCAACAAACACACCAGAAGUGCCAGAAACCCCAACUUUACAAGCAUGGGACUCGGGUCCUGAAACCUCAGCCUCAUCUUCAAAAGCCGUAGUUUUGGACACUCUAAUCCAUGCCCAGAAACCUUCAUCUACAGAAGCUCUAGGAGCUCCAGCCCCAGAUCCAGAAACUCCAGUUGGGAAUGUAGAAGCUUCAACUCUAGCAGGUCCAGCCUCAGAAAAUCCAGCUCCAGAAACUCCAGUUUUGGAAUCUCAAGAUUCAGAAACCACAACACUUGCACAUGUUUCAGCAGAUCCUCCAAUUCCAGAUCUGUUGAAGCCCCAAAUGGGACGGCCCAAAGUCAGGAGGCCUGAGCGUCCUUGUUCUCUGGACCUGUCCUCAUCCUACAUCUCCUCAGAUGAAGUUUUUCUGACUGAUAACGGCAGCCUCAGUGCUUCAGGCGAGAAAAUAAAACAUCGUGUCAAGACACCCUACACCCUGAAAAAAUGGCGUCCGGCCUCUUGGGUUGUUUCCACAGAUACAGCUCUUGACUCUGACUUUGACUUCCACAGCAGUUGCAGUAGCAGCAGCCAGUCCCACUCUUCUUCUGGUUUUAACAGGGCAGAGGGCACUGACAUCCCUAAGAUCAACCAGUCAAAAUCCAGCAUGGCUGUGUUUUUGGUCAGCAGAGAAAGCUCCAAGCCUGAUGGGAUGACCUGCUUCUAAAGGUGCUAAAUUAAAGCUUUCUUUUCUUAAAAGUGAGCAGGCUGUUCUUUUUACUUCUUGGUUUUUCUUCUCUUUUGUUGUGGAAAGUGGAGAUCACAAUCUGCUGUAUUGUUCGGCCUCCCCAGCACUUAGCUCUUGAAGUUUUUUGGCAGAAAUAUAUGGGACAUUAAGUCAAACAGACUUUGAAAUUUCAAAACAAGUCAAGAUUUCUUGUGGUAUCUGCAUUUCCUUGAUUUGGCUGGACACUUUCGAAAAGAUCUGACCUUCAUCCUAGAAAUAAAGUCUAUUUCUGGUCCACCCUUGGGUUCCUGGGGGGGUCCCUUCUAGAUGAUCGUCUCCUGCGACUAGCCUUGUGUUUAGUGGUUAUGGCCUGUUUCUAGUGCCCAGGAGUUCAAACACAUCAGUUGGUGAUUAGGUAAAGAAGGUGUGGUUGUGGUCUCUGUUCUGGACUCACCUGUGGCUAGUGGAUGUGGCCAGUGACUACUUGCUUUGGUGUUGAUCAUAUCUGAGAACUGAAACUGCCCAAGGCCUUCAGCAUCCAUAAUCUUCGCCUGUCGCUGGUGAGAGGGUCCCUUAACAGGUGUACCACCCCAGUCAAACUCCCCACCUGCCACUGUCCCCUGGUCUUGUGACUAGUGACCAGUGACUACUUGUUUCGGUGAGGACUUCAACAUGUUUUUCUGCUGAUAGUGAGGUUUUCAUAGAUAUUUGGACUGUUGCGACUCGACUUGUGGCUUGUUGAGUCCAAUCAGCGGUGAGAUUUUUGUUAAAGCACUUUAAACAGAGUUAGUGUUAUUUAGGAAAUCUGCAAACCAUAUAAAGGUCACCCUUUGCAAUUACAUUAGUAACGGUGACUUUUAGGACACUUGUUUCUCGUCUUUGUACAAUGUUUUGUGACUUAAAGAGGACUUUUUGCUUUAAACCUUAAAUCUAGCUAUGCAUUCAGCUCACAAUGCUUCCUGCUGCUGAGUGAUUUGGGCUCAAUUUGUCAAAAGCAACAACAUGACUGUUCUCAAUAUUUAUUCUUUUAUUUUGCACUUUCUUUUUGAGCUGCCUUGUGAGGUCCGCUGUCAUCAGCAUGUUAGGCUGGAGGUACAGAGGAAGUCGACAAGGAAAUGAAAGGAAGAAGAAGAAAUGAAACAAGAGACAAACCAUGGUCCUGUGCAGCCUGUGGAACCUCGGCCAUGUACAAUCUCCUCAGGUACCUCAACAGUACUAAUGUAGACCAGAUCUCGUUGGUCUAAAGAUGAGCAGGAGAUGAAGGGAAUAAAUGAGAGGCAAAUUGAUUUGAACCAUCAGAAGAAAGAAGGUGAAGGGCAGAUCUGAUCCAACACACAAAAUACACCUUCAGAGACUUCAGAGCUGUUUUAGGGCUGUGUUCGUCAUCAUUCCACCUAGACUCAGUCAGGUUUUGACAGUAGAUUUUAGGACAGAGCUCAAUCCUACAGCAAGUUAUCAAUUUACAUUGUAGACUGGUACAAUCUAAAGGUCUUUGUUCUCUUCAGACAUGCUGGUCUGAUUUUCUGACAGUGUCUGAAAGUAACUGAAAAUUUUAAUUAAACAAGGGCAACUUUAAGAACUUGCUGCAAACUGAUAUACAGUAGUUUGUUAAACUCAGCAUAUACCCACAAUGCACAGUACUUUAUUUUAGUAUAACCACAGUAUAACUAGGUCCAACCUGCUUUCCAUCCACCAGGUGUUGAAGACUUUAAAUUAAAUCCACAUAAAUGAUGUUUAGUGUUUGAAUUAGACCCUUACAAUUUAUAUUUUCAUGUUGUUAUUUACAAGGUAUAUGCACUUAGUAAAAGUAGUAGUAAUAGUAGUUGUAGAACAAUCCUUAAAAUGUCAGAUUGUUGAAUGGAGUUUGGUGUGACAUUUUUUAAACAAAUGAAACAUAAAAAAUAGGUGGGUUAACAAACCCGGGCUGGAUUAACAAAUGGUAAAAUAUCACCACAUUGUCAUCAUUUUUGUAUUUGUUUUUUAUUUGUUUGUUGUUUUUUUAAACAAAGCAACUUUUGAUCAAUAAUUAUAUUCCUCUGAACAUCUGAAAAGUUUUUUGAGUGACUGAUUUUAUAAAUAGAAAAUUGUGAUGUUUUUCAUAUGUAUAUGUCUCUGCGUGACACACCUGUAGCCUUACACACCAUGUUCUGUCUGUUUCCUGUUUCCUGUCCUAAAUUUCAGAUAUAUUUUCACAUUAAUAACAUCAUACUGUCAUGUCAGCAUGGUCACCUACUAUGUAAACAUUAUCACACUGUUAUUUUAGAUGCCAGCUGUUUGGUUAUUUUUGUAUUUUUUAUUUUGUACUGUUUUUAGAUAAUGCAAAUGUAUAAAUGAAUGCAUGAAGGCAAAUCCAGAACUGACUGUAGUCUAGAACCAGGAUGAAGACAGCUCUCAAACCAGAUGUACUGGUUCAGGUGGCUAAGCCUACAACCAAAAUGUUUAAAACUCAAGCCUGGUACUGGGACCCUGCCUCCUGAACCAGGGACUACAUGUGAGCUUUGAGUGACAGAGGACUGGGUGAGCAGUUAUUUCCCACGGCUCUGGAAGCUUCUUAUCACCACGUGGGCUUCACAGGCUCUAGCAAGAGUUUGACUUCAGGUGUGUUCACACUUGAGUACAAAACUGAUUUUCGCCUCGUAUCAUUCACCACAUGACGGAUGUUCAGCUCACGCCUUGAUACAAAACCUCAGCAGAAGCUCUGUUUUUGUUAUUUUCUUCUCAACUGUGCAUUUUUAGCUCGGAAAUAUGAACAAAUUAUUAGCUUAAGAUAAGACUUUUUAAUUUUUAUAUCUUACUGUCCCUGUCUCAUCUGCUGACCCCGAAAUCUUUUGUUAGCUGAAACAUUUUCAACUUUAAAUCUGUUUUUUUUUCUGACUUUAUAUUCCACCAGUCAGCCUUCAACAUUUGCAUUGUGUUGAGUCUAACCACAACGUUAGCCUAAUGCUAACUGGUUCGGGGCUAAGUUUUAUCUAGAAGUUUCUGCUAAUCCUAAAGUGUGUCACUGCUGGGUUAACCCUUUAACAUCAUUUACUGUGGUUUAUAUAGUCAUCAUAGUGCUCAGUAGAAACAUCUACCUGUUGUCUGUACUACUACUACAUUUACGAUUAACAGAUUUAACCACUUUAAGCUUCUUGCAUGAAAUAUCCCAACACUGAAAUGUUAUCUGUACUAUUUCUGAUGCCUCCACACCUGUCAGAAGCUCAUACAUCUGUUUUUAAACAUCUGAGUUGCUGUGUGCGACAUUUAAACAAACAGAUGCCGGAUGGGGGAGGCUUUGCUGCAGCUAGCGCUCUAUACUGUCGAUAAGAAAAACCAUAUUUAACUGGAGUUUAGCUGCUGUAUGUUCUCCUGUUCUCACCAUUUUGGGAUGUUUCUUGUUGAAUUUGUUAUGUAUUCUUUCCUUAUUCAUGUGUAUUUAUGUAUAAUAGGUUCCAGUGGUGUAAAUACUCUGUACACGUUAUUCCACAUUGUACACUUUCAUGUGCAACCAACUACCACCACUGUGCACUGUUACUGCUGUAUUCAAAAGCUCACAGGUCAUUCUCUUUCCUGCUGUUAACAUUUCUGUAUAUAUACACAGUAUACUCACACAAAGCAUGUUGUACACUCCUACAGAUGAUCUGGGGCAUCAAGAGUUUUAUUCCGACAUCUUGUAUAUCCAUGUAGAGGAACCUUCAUAAAAUAUCACAAGCUUAAUUACAUCAUUAAAUAAAAUGCAGAGG